UCUUGACUGUUACCUUAAUGUCUCGCUACUUGUCUAUAAUCUAAUUCUAGCUCUUCCUCCCCCUGCUCCCUGUUGUUCCCACUGUGCCUGUUCUGUGAUUUCUCAUUCCACCCUCUCUGUUCUUUCCUCAUAAUCGCCCUUCCCGUUGUUGAAUUUACUUCUGUAUUCAGCAGUCUGAAUGGCCUAUCACACCAUCACCGAAUUUUCUUUCCACUCUUGCAUCCUUUUUGUAUCAUCCCAGCUGUUUUAACUUUGCUGCUCUUCCAUUCACACUGCUAGAGAAAAACAGCUGUAUAUUGAAUGCCACUAAAUAUAUUGAAUGCCACUAAGAUCUCUAGCUGCAACCAAGCCCUUACUACCAUCAAGCAACCCUUUGGGGGUUCCUGGUCUGUUUGCUCUCUUAGUCACCACAGCAGUUAUUUUAUACCUUCACUGCUUCUCUCCCUAAUCCCCCACCUCACCCUCAGCUCUUCCCCAUCAGAUGACCAUGUUUCAUUUUUUAAAUGGAAAUGGAAGCUCUUAGACAUUGGCUCCCACAAUAGUAACUAAAAAACAAAAACAGAAACUUAAGAACUACCCAGAGAGCAGAUGUUUUUCUCCCCUGGGCAGAUCAGGAAGUUGAAAUUCUCUAGUAGCAGACCCUGUCUGAAAAUGCAGAUCUGACUUUAAAAUCCAUGUUUCCUUUACUACACCAGGUUUGCCUUUCAAAAUAUCUAUUGAGCACCCACUUUGUAUGGGUUCUGCUGCUGGUAUUACCCAAUUUAACAGAUGAGGAAACAAGAAUUCAAUUGUACCAGGAGAGCCCACCUUAUAUACAGAUACCUAUUGAGGGAGGUGGAAUAAAGUCCUCUCCUUGGAAGGUACAAAUGCAGGUAAAAGAGCUGGUGAACUGAAUUCUCAGUGACAGGAUGGGGACCUGGCAUAUUGCGCUGCUGGUGGGAGGAUUCUUCCACAUUAACAUUUGUGUUUAUAUCCUUGCAAUAAACUUCCAUUGUGAAUUAUCUGUGUUUCCAUGUCACAUAAUUAGUAAUUGCUGGAGAGGGGCUAGGAACAUAGAUCUGAGUCUAAAGCUUAUGUUCUUCGAACUUCCAGAGCUCAUUUGUGCUUGCUCAUCUGCACCCAGCCUGUUGCUGGGCAUGGGAAAACAAGUGUCCCUUAGUCUAGUCCACCAGUUAGUCCCUCAACUCUAACAUCUCUUCUCUCCUCUCUGUCUAUAAAUGUGUUCAGUACUUAGGAGAAAAACCUUAUUCGUUCUGUCUUCCAUAGUCACUGAAGGCUCCCUCAGGACUUACUAUGGAAGUGUUAGCCAUUGGCAUAAUGAGAGCAAUGUGAUGUUCCAAGCACAACACAAGGAUAAACACUGACAAAGCUUUAUCCCUUUAUCACAAACACAUAUUGGAGACAGGGUUGUUCCAGACCUUGUGGCUUCACAACUUGAACUAAACAACUUUAGUGGACCUUGUGGCCCACUUCUUUGCAAAGUGAUUCCUUUGAGCCUAUUCAGCUAUAUCACCCUGUCUCAUUACUUGUCCUUAGUAACUGCCACUCUCUUACUUCCCCCUAAAUAGCUAGUCUUUGGUCUUCCCAUCCACCUCUUGGUAAUUUAAUGUUACAAUGACAGUCUUUCCAAUGUUUUGGUCUCUUAGUUCCUUGACCUAGUCUCCAAAGAUUUCCACCCUGUCUUAGCCACUCAUUCCCUUAGUCAUAUCCUGACCAUUGUCACCACCCAGACUGCUCCAUCUUCAAAACACUUGCAUCUUAUUCACUGACUGUAUUCCUUCCACUUUGUCUGUUGAGCUAUUCCUCUACCACCUUUUUAUUUCACGGGAUCAUUCAGGCCAUUGCUUCUACCUUCUUUCCGUUAACACCUUAUCUUUAGAUUCCAAUCAAGUUUAAAUUCUAGUCAUUCUCUUGGAAUAGGCUUAAUUUCCUUGUCUCACCUCUCUUUGUUGGACUUGGAUAAAAGGAAACAUUAGUGCCUACAUUUGGACAUCUAAAAGGCACCCAAGGAAAAUCACUAAAGAGCAGAUUUAUAUUACUAUGAAUUCAUGGUUAUCAACUUUAGAUGGAGUCUGGGCCCCUGUAAUCCCACUUAAUUUUUCUAGCCGUCUUUCCUCUUCACUGCAAUGACUAUUUCAAACCAAUAUUCUUAAGCCUCGUAUUACUCCUACCAUUCUCACUUUCUGUAGGUCACCUUAUUUUUAAUUCAUAGGCAAAGUAGAAGCUAUCCAUUGGGAACUCCUGCAACAUUUUGCAACCCAAAGCUUGGUCACCCACCUACAUCGUUAUCAUGCUCUCUUUCCCUCCUGUCUAAACAGGACAAGCAUCCCUCUUAAGGUCAGUGCUCAUUCCUGUGCUCUGAAUCCUAGUCCUUCCUUAUUCUCUGGCUUUUUGCCACUUUACUAAAUUCUUCUCAUCAGUGUUUAACGUGCUAAAGUCUCAUUACAACAAACAAACCACUCUACCUCAUUUCGCCUCCAGUUACCAUCCAGUUUUUUCCCCAUUUUGUAGCUAAACUUCUCAAAACCUCUAAACUUCUCCCCCCAGAGAAGUUGGAUACUUUGGCCCUCUCCACUCCCAUGCCUCAUCCCAGUCUGUUUUGACUUCUACAAAACCUUUAGUCUAUUGAAAUGGUUCUUACUGAGGUCACCCUAGCUCACCAAGUGACCAUCAUAUCUCUGAAUCCAGUGGUUAUUGCCCUCAGCUUAUUUCCUCGGCCCACUUCACUUCUCAGUGGCAUCUGGUACUACUGACUAGUUCCUCAUCAACACAUAGGUGUCUAUGAUUCCACUCUCAUGGUUUUACUAGAACCUCUGGCCUCCUUUGCAGGAGUCCUUAGGCUCCUUUGCAGGCUUACUGGCCUCCAACCUUUAAAUCUAAAGGUAUCUCUAAGCCCCAUUCUUUCUCAAUCUAAUUUUUCUGCGAUUGUGUCAUCCCCACUCUGAGCUUUAGUUGCUGAUGACUUUCAGAUCUCUCCUCCGGGCUGCUUGAUUGACAUCUCCACUUUGGUGUUUCAGAAACAUCCCACCAAGCUCAGCAGGUUUCCUCAUAAACUUUGCUCCUGUGCCUAGUACUCAACCAGUUGCAGAAGCUAGAAACCUCACUUACCCGUUCACUCAAUUGCCAAAUCCUAUCCGUUUACAUUUCUAAAAAUCCCUAAAUUCUGCUGCCUCUCUUAUCUUCACGAUCUCCCACCAGGAUUAUUCCAAUUCCUGCUACUUCCCCUAUCCAGUUGUGCACCCCUCCAACCUAGUCUCCAUCCAUUGGCCAGAAGACACAAACUGAUGCUUAAAACCUUGCAAUAGCUUCCAAUUCUUCUUAGGAUUAAAAACUGACAUUCUACGCAUGACUUACAAGAUCUUGUGUGAUCUAGCCACUGCCUACCUCAGUCCUACCUUGAUCUUAUCAAUGAUUGUCAACACUGGACAGUUAAUACUGUUUGUUGAAUUGAACUAAAUUGAAUUGAACCACACCUCACUCUCCCUCUCUCUGCUCUGACCACACUGGCCUUUCAGUUCCUCUAACCUGUCAUACACUAGUCCAUCUCAGGGCCUUUGUACUUGCUGUUUCCUGGCCUGUAAUGCUUUCCCCCUUACAUGAUCUACUGAGCUUCUACUCAUUCUGGAGUACUUAGUUGAAAUACUAUUUCCUCAAAUAACUUCCCAGACCCCAGCUCCCAUAAUUCCUCAUGUUUUUGGCAUGUAGCACUUGUACAGUUGGUAAUUAUACACCCCGUGGGGUCAGAGUCCUUGUCUGCAUUGCUCACCAUUGUAUCCUUAUCACAGUGCCUGGCACAUGAAAGUGCUUGAUAAAUCUUUGUUGAAUGCACAUCGUUCAGUCUUCUAUCAGCUAUUUGCAUAAUCAGAGAAAGGCUUUUUAUCUGAAGAGACCAAAAAUGAAUCUGCAUUUAACCUUUGGCCUUUUGCCAGUGAUUUAGAAGUAUAGAGGUGUUUUUAAUUCAAAAUCUCACUUUUUGGUAUCUUCUGCUCUAAACAUCCACAGAUUACUCAACACCUAAAACACCUCCACCUGCAGCAGAUCAUUCAUAUCUUGCUGCAAGGCAGGCUGGGGAACAUCAUCUUUAUUCUUACCAGUCACUUACUCAAUUAAAAAUUGGGUUCAAGGAAGAAAAGGAGAAGGGCUUUUGGGAGACACCUACCAAUCCAUUUUCCAUACUAACCAAGAGUGAUUCUUGUAAAAUAUGCAUUUAACCAUGGUACUCAUCUACGUAAGGUCUUCCAUGACUCCAGACUCCUUAGCCUCACAAGUGGGGCUUCUCUGAUCAGGUUCCAGAUAACUUCUCUGGCCUCCUCUUCAGCCAGUUUUUUUUAUUCUUUGAUGCUUGGUUAUAAAAGAAUCAGUUUAUUUGUGGUGUUCAUCAUGCUAAUAAUUCCAGACUCUGUUUUGCCUUUUCUUGGUAUGUCCCACAUUCAUCCAUGUAUUUACAUAUUUCAUAAAUAUUUGAAUGACUUCUUUUACCAACGUUAAGUCCUGCAGAUAUAGAGGUGAAUGAGAAAGAUGCUAUCCUAGUUUUCUUGGAAUUUAACUUCGAUAUGGUGAUGGUCAAUAUAGAACAAGUAAUCCCAACUGUGAUGAACGUCGCAAAGAAGAAAUGUGCAUUGUAAUGGGGAUAUACAGUAGUGCCAACUUACCUGCAUGUGGGAUGAAGGAGAGCUUCCCUGAGGAAGUGAUUUUGAAGCUGAGAUUUCAAAGGUGAAUUAGAAUUAAUCAGGCAAAGACAGGGGGAAGAGCUGCCCUCCUUUCCUUCAUGUCUUUGCUUAGAUGCCACCUUUUAUUAAGACUUACUCUGAUUAUCCUACUUAAAAUUGCAACCUGUCCUCCCUUAAAACAUUCCUGAUCCCCUUUUUUUCCAUAGCACUGCCACUUCUUAUGUACUAUACAGUUUAUUCAUUUUAUUACUUGUUAUUUGUGUCCCCCACUGGAGUGUCAGCUCCAUAAAUCAGGAAUUUUUGUCAGUGUUACUGUUUUGUACACUGAUGUAACCAGACACCCAAAUUAAUGCCCAACACAGAUGAUGCUCAACAAAUACUAAUAAAUGAAGGUAAGAGAGUAUUUCCAGAGCAAAGUUCUAGAGCUUGGCUUAAGAGAGAGGAGAAACUCUUAUUGGAAACAGGAAGGAGGGAGGAAGGGAUGAGAUCAGAUCUAAGUAGUUGUGAUUUGGUUUUGGGAAGUUGAGAGUUCCAUUUAUUUAUCUGUCUUUUUUUAAAUGGAGGUACUGGGGAUUGAACCUGACCUUGUGCAUGCUAAACAUGUGCUCUACCACUGAGCUUUACCCUCCCCUGAGAAUUUCUUUUAAAUAAUUGUGUAAUGGUUAGUUUUGUGUGUCAAAUUGGCUAGGUUACAGUACCCAGUUAUUUCAUCAAACGCUAAUAAUCGAGGUGUUACUGUGAAGGUAUUUUAUAGAUGUGGUUAACAUCUACAAUCAGUUGACUUUAAGUAAAAGAAACUGCCCUCAGUAAUGUGGGUGGACUUCAUCCAAUCAGCUGAAGGCCUUGAAAGCAAAAACUGAGAUUUCCCAGAGAAGAAGGAAUUCUCCCUCAAGACACUGCAACAUUAACUCCUGCCUGAGUUUCCAGCAUGCUGACCUAUCUACCUUAAGGAUUUUGGACUUGCCAGCCCCACAAUCAUAUACAUUCUGAUCACCUACUCAUGGUGCCCAGCACUAAGGGCUGAGGGAAGAGCAGAGAGCAGUCAGAAUCUCUGCCACCGUGGAGCUUACACUUCUAGUCAGGAGAAAUGGACAAUAAGCAACUAACUGGGAUGAAACCCAGCACACAUGAUGGUGAACUCUCUUGGACUUUGAAGACAAGGACCAUUUCCUUGGAGAAGGCAGCACAACUGAAAGGCAGCCAUAUUACCUCUGGAGUACUUAUACUUGGACAGUUAUGUGAGAGAGAAAAUAAGCUAUCAUGUUAAGCUGUUGUAUUUUGGGGUCUUUUUGUUAUUACAGCAUAUGUAUGGUAGACAGAAUGGUAACGUGGUGCCCAGGAUUUUCUGCCCCCUAUGUACACACCCCAUAUAAUCCCUUAGACUGUGAAUAUGAUAGGUUUAACUUCUGUGAUUAGGUUACAUUUUAUGGCAUACUUGACUAUAAGAAAGAUUAUCUGGGUGGGUCUGGCCUAACCACAUGAACUUUUUUAAAGCAGGAAGUUUUCUCUGGCUAGUUGCAGAAAAGAAUGUAGAAAGUUUCGAAGCAUGAAAAGGGUUUGGGGUGCUGUUGCUGGUUUGAAGAUGGAGGGGCCAUAUGGCAAGGAAGACAGGUGGCUUAUAGGACCUGAGAGUGACCCCCAGCUGAUGUCCAGGAGGAAACAGGAACCUCAGUCCCACAACCGCAAGAUACUGAAUCCUGCCAACAACAAGGAUGAGCUUGGAAGAGGAUUUUCCUCCAGAGCCUCCGGACAAGAAUCUAGCCCAGCCAACACCUUGAUUUCAGGCUUAUCAUACCCUGAGCAGAGAACCCAGUCAGGCCAUGCUGAGCAUGGAUCUACAGAACUGUGAGAUAGUAAUCAGGUGCUUAGUUUGUAACAGUCGGUUACACAGCCACAGAAAACUGUAGGUACUAUAGGUAGGCUCUGAGGUGGGAGCGGGCUCCGUGGGAUGCAGGCAAUAGAAGUGGUGUGAAUAGGGGAGAGUAGGACAGGUUACAGAGGGAGCAGCCCGCUUGGGUCAGAUGGCAGCUUGUAGGCCACACAGAACUUCGGCUUUCCUGAGAGAAUGAGAUAAUAAGGCAUUAGUGAGUUUUGAGCAGGGGAGUGAUAGGAUCUGCCUGUAUUUGAAAAGGAUCACUCCUCUGUGAAGGAGUAGAUUGUAGGGGCAAGGGUGGAAGCACGGAGACCAGUAGGAAGGUUAUGGGAUAAUCCAGGUGAAAGGUGGUUGUAGCUUAGACCAAGGUGUAGCUCUUAAGGUAGUGAGCAAUAGUUGGGUUCUGGAUAUAUUUUGAAGCUGUUGCUUAACAGGAUUUGCUAAAGCUUAGAUAUGGAAUGUGUGUGUGCAGGGUGGGGAGUCCAAAUUUUGAUCCAAGCAACUGGAAAAAUGGACUUGCCAUUUACUGAGAUGGGGAAGAUCGUGAAAGGAACAGGUUCCUUUCUGUUUUGGUGGGCAUUUUACAUUUUUAAUUUUGGGAUUCUUACCAGAUAUCCAAAGCAGAGGUGGGACUCCAUCAUACGCUGAAUUUUUGUUUUUUUAAAUCAUCAGGCUCCCCUACCCUUGAUUUUGAGUCCCCGGUGACCCAGGAUUUUGUCUUACUUGGGUUUUGGGGAGAUGAGGUGGAUGUUUGAGAGUGUGUGUUGGCGGGGGAGGGGGUCCCAAAGACAGCUUGUUGGUGCCCGGCGCUCGCUUACACGCUCCGUGAAUGGGUAAACGGGCACAUGGAUUAUACCUGCCCAUGACGCUCUCAGGAUUGCUACUUUCCCAAGUCAACCGUGCGCCUCUUUUCCAGACGCAACCAGGCAGACCUCUAUUCCCAAGGCCUGCGCGCAGCCGACAAGUUUGGCCUGGGCCCCGCCCUUCCCAGGCCCUCCCCCUUGGCCCCGCCCCUUUCUGGCUCCGCGGGUGCUCUCAGCAGAGGCUGCGGCCUCUUCUAACCGUUCUAACAGCAGAGAGGGGAUGGAGCUGCCGGCACAUCCCCAUGAACCCUCAGCAGCAGAUCCAUCUCUCUUCCCUUCCUUUGCCUCCGGUGCCCCUUAGGCCAGGUGAGGUCCAGCCACGAGGAACGUGGAACUGGCAUUCGGAUCCUGAGCAGUGGGCAAGGUCGAUUCGACAGCAGCUGAAUGCCUGGCUCCUCUUGGUCUCAGAUGAAGAGGUGUCAUCCGAAGCCCUUGAAUCUCGGCACUCUGUAGGUAUCCAAGACAAAGGAGAACAGCCCUGGCCCUGUCGGGUAAAACAGAGACAGCGCCUGAAGGCGGCCGUGACUCGGUCAGAGCGGCCUACGGUCCUGCUGCUCCUGGUAGCUGAGCUCCGAACUCUGUUCUCAGCUGUGCUGCAGGACGGCAGCCCUGACGCAUGGUACUACCUGCUUGCGGUGCUGAAUCUGCUCCCUCCAUAUCGUGCACUGCUUGUCGGUCAUCUUGAUUUGCUGCCUUUCCUGGAGCAGCUGUACCGCUGGGCACCCUGGGUCGAGUCCCAGCUCCAGCUGGACCUGCUAGUUGCCAUAGACCAGGCCUUUCCCCGAGACACCUCUUUGUUAGAGGGCACCUCCCAUGUUGACUGCUGUCCCCAGAAGCAGAGGUUCCAUCGUGGGACUCCACGCCCAGCCUGCCCUAUUGUGCAGGCUUGUUGGGGAGGGCAGCAAGUAGAUGAGGAGUUGUCCACAUGGCUGCGACCACUGACACUGCCUGAGCUACAGCACAGCCUGGGUAUCGUUGGUGCCGAGGUGGCCCUGGAAGAGGCCCAGUGGUUAGAUGGCCUCAACCUCCUGCCCUUGGCACUUGCGACGGACAUCCCUGUACAGUAUGAAAGCAGUGACACUGGCAACGGAGAGGAGGAGCCUGUUGAAAGAAGAGAGACUAAGUCUCUGCUUGACUCUGAAGUUCCCAGGGAGAAGACCUUCCAGAAAAGAAGCACUGGCUUCUUACCGCAGACUUCUCUCCUGGGUAGCCAGAUAGUGACUGUUAUGAAGACAGAGAGAUACCUGAAGAAGGUCCACUUUCUCUAUCUCAAUGUGGCUUCCAGCCGCUACUUUAGGCCCUACAGCCUGACGGUGGUACCACCCGACAAGGUGAAUCCUGAGCACUACAUCUUCUCUCCCUUCGGGAUCCUGCACGUCCAUCCCGAGGAGGGCAGUGAGACGAUGACACUGGGUACCUGGCACCACCACUCUGUCCUCUGGCAACAGCUCCAGUUCAUCCCAUUCUUCAAGUAUUGCCUUUUACGCAAGGCCUUGGCCUGUUGGAAGAAGAGCGUGAAGUUGCAGGGGCUGCACCGGUGCCGGACGUUCCUAGGGAAGCAUCUGCUCCUUGCUGUGCCCCACUUCGGAGCUGGGCUGCUGCAUAUUAGCAGGCUUCUGCAGGAGCUGCACUCUGUGCCCUGGCUCCCCCACGAACCAGAUCGGUGCUACGAACUGCUGGACCUGCAGCGGGCUCUAGCCAAGGAGAACCACAAGGCUUUGCGGCUGCUCCGUCGCUGCCUGCAUCUCUGCACAUCCAUCCUUCAUCUGAUUCAUGAGGAUACGUACCACAUGCAACAGGGCCUGCAGGAGCGAGUGAAAAAUUGCAAGAGGAUCAGGACUGGCCAGGGCUCUGUACACCUUCAGAGGGAGCAGUGCCAGCAGCUGGAGCAGAAGCUGCAGCAGGCAGAGGCCUGGCUGCUGCAGAUGGGACAGCUGGCCCGCCUGGUGGACUACAUGGUUUGCCAGAACCUCGUGUCCAUCAUAGAAGAGAAGAUCACCUCUUUCGUGGCCAACAUCCUGCAAGCCCCAAGGCAGAAACCCUUUCUCUCAGCACAGCUGGUCUUUGACAGUUGUGGCCAGCUGUCUCAUGAGCCGUGUAUUGAAAAUAUGAUCCAGGUUAUAACUGGGAGCCUAAAGUCUGUCGCAGCUUCCACCCUGAAGGUAAUGCAGUCUACAGACCCGAAGACCUCCUGGGAUCCCCUAUAUUCUGAAGAAGAAGAUGAAGAGGAAGACUCGGACAUGGAAUUUGUGAUGCCCAAGUUCCAGGGCCAGCACAGCGAUGCUGUGGACAUCUUCUGUGGCCCGAAUAUAGGAUUGGUAUGGCCCUGGAAGACUCACACAAUUACUGAAGCCCUGGAGGUCCGUGGGUACCGGCUGCGGGGCCAGUACCUGCCCCCCAAUUAUAAGCAGCUGCAAGAGGACCUGGACAACAACCCUCGAAUCCAGCAGGCACUGGCUGUACAACAGGCCCUGCUAAAGGGCAUGCUGCAGGAGGUGCAGGAAUUCUGCCGGAACCAUCACUGGAUGACAGGCAUUUACGAGUUCUUGCAGGCCUGGGGGCCUCAGAAGCUGGAGUCUAUGAGAGGCUGUCCUAUCAAGAACUACGGGAUGCUGGUGAGCUGCCUGAACGAUUGGCAGGGCCGUGUCUCCAGUAUACCCUGGGAGUUGAUCACAAAGGGCAGGUUGCUGCUACUGAACUGCCAUGGCGUACAGGUAGAGUUGGAAGCCAAGCUGGAGAACAUCAGGAAGGACAUUCUUGAGCAGGUACAGAAUGAGUGCCGGAACCGCAGUCAGCAGCUGAUAACAGAGCUGACAGAUUUCAUGAAGGUCUUCCAGACCAUCAACUCAGACAUCCACGCCAUCUCAUGGUGCUCCCAGAAGCUGAACGAGGCCAACGAGAGGUACACGGAACUGGAGGAGCGAAUGGAAUACACACGGUCACUCUAUGAGCUCAUCCGCAACCGCGUUAGCCUCUUCAGUACUGAGGAUGAGGCGCUGGACAUCUUGGUGAGAAGGCGGUCGGGGUUGCCGGUCCCUCUCUGUGCCCCUCCUCCACAACCACGUCUGCUUGACCACCGGCUGCCUGCCCUACAGCUUCUGGACACGUGGGAGGCAUUCCAGUUUGAGAAAAGCCAGGCCUCAGAGUUCCUGCUCACCAAGCGACAUGCCAUCAUGCCCAAGCUGCAGCAGCUGAUGGCAGCGGCCCUGGCGGAGCUGGAGGGCCUGAUUGAGAAGGCCCUUUCCGGUCCCUUCAUGGACCCUGCCCAGGAGCAGAGGAGCACCGAGUGCCAUCUCAUCUCCCUGGAGCGUCAGUUCCAGAACACAGCCAGCCGCCUCAGUGAACUGCACCACGCCUAUUCCACCUUCACUGGGGACACGAGUCCUGUGCCCUUGCCAGUCUGUGGGACCCUUCCGAUUGUGCAGCAGCAGCGCAUCUGGCACCUGUACCGAGUCAUCUCAGAAAACAUUAGCGAAUGGAAGUGCAUGGCCUUUGUCAAGUUCAACCUGCCCAUGGCCCAGGAGAAGACAGAUGGCUGGCUGACGGAGGCCGCCCGGAUGAGUGCCACCCUGGGGCUGCACAGCCCAGUUCUGCAGCACUGUGUGCGCAUGUUGGAGGAGUUUCGCAGCCUCCUGCCAUUGAUCACCAAACUGGGCAGCCUCCAGCCGCAGAACCACAACUUCCAAGCCCUCCUGCGAGCCUUAGGACUAGGCGGUCUCCACAACGCUGAGCUCCUGACACUGGGCCAGCUGCUCACUUGUCCACUGCUGGAAUUUGCAGAUCGGAUCAAUCAGAUCUGGCAGUGUGAAAACGAACGGAUCCAUGCCCAAGAGGCCCUCCUGCAGCUGCAGCGGGCCUGGGAAGCGCGCCAGCUGCGGCUGCUCAACUUCAUCCUGCACAUGCCAUACGAGCCCCCCGCCUCAGAGCGCUCCAGGAGACAAGCGCUCCGCAGCCCCCAGUGGGAGGUCGUGGGCAAGGACAGUGGCACCUUCAUCCUUUCAGAUUACAGCAGCUUGCAGGAUUCUAUCCAGGAAAGUCUUCAAGUAUUGUGCAAGAUCCUGGCCAUCCAGAAGUCCGGAGAAUUAAAUAGAAGGGCUUUGGAGUGGGUGACCAUCAUGCAUGACCUGGGUGCCCUGCUGGAGGUGUGGGUGAGCUUCCAGCAGAAGUGGAUCUUUCUGAAUAAAGUUCUGCAUGAGAUGAAGAUACAGUUUCCUAGUUCUGACCUGAGCUCCCGUUUCAAGGCCGUAGAUGAGCAGUAUCGGACCCUGAUGCAGAUCUCUGUCACUGAUCCCCUGGUUCUGUCACUCAUCGUGCCCAGUGCCAAGCGCAGCCCUUCCUUCCAAGGCCAGCAGCUGCAGCAGCUGCUGCAAGCUGGCUCCGUGGAGCUGGAGGGGAUCAUCAUGGCUCUGGAGAGCGUGCUGUACAGCGUGUGCGCUCAGUUCCCCCGCCUCUUCUUCCUCAGCGACAGUGAGCUGGUGACCCUGCUGGCUGCCCCUCUGGAGUCCUGUGAGGCCCAGCUGUGGGUCCGACGCUGCUUUCCUCACGUGCGGGCCAUGCUUUUCGACUUCAGCCAAACUGAUAAAAACAUGGGUGGCCAGCAGUCAAGCCCAAGCAUGCAGACGCAGGUGGAGGCGCUUGCAGUGCUCGGGGCCGGUGGGGAGGAGGUGAAGCUGCAGGGGCCCCUUCCCCUGCAUCCAGAUCUCCCCAAGUGGCUGGCCUCUCUGGAGAAGUGUCUGCGUGUGUCACUGGUGCACAUGCUGCAGGACUGCGUGGCUGCCCGCCUUGCUCUGAGCCCGUCCCUAGACAAGGCCUUCAAGCAGCUGCCCCAGCAAAGCCAGUUGCCCCCACAACUGUAUGUCCAGCACUGGCUGGACUUGGUCCAGGCCUUCCCGUGGCAGUGUGUGCUGGUGGCAGAGGAGGUGGUGUGGCGGGUCCACAUGGAGGAGGCUCUGCUUGAGGGGAAGACCCUGGCAGUGGUCCCCAUGCAUGUGUGGAAGCUUGAGGUCCUGGUACAUUUUUUGCAGGCCCAGAGGGCCUCUCAGGGUGAGCAGCCCCUGCCCUCUGUCCGCCAGACCAGCCUGCUCAGUGCCCUGCUGGUCAUGGCGGUGACUCACCGGGAUAUAGCGCAGCUGCUGCAGGAGCACCAGGUCAGCGAUCUGACUGACUUCCACUGGGCCCGCCAACUCAAGUAUCACCUGGGUUCACCUCCCACCACCCUCCAGAAACCCCCGCAGAGUCCCAAGUCCUUUGCAUCUUCUGAGACUUCUCCAUCACCAGCUGCAUGCUGGGUAGAUGUACUGGGCCGGUCUUUCCUGUACAAUUAUGAAUACCUGGGUCCCAGACUGGGGUCUCUACCCAACCUGUUGCCUGAGCGGCCAGCACUAGUGCUGUUAUUGGCCCUGGAAGAGGUGACCUGUGGGACCCUACUGGGCCCUGAUGGUGUGGGCAAGGCAGCCACGGUGCAGAACCUGGCACAGGCCCUUGGGCGCCAGCUGGUGAUGAUUCCCUGCCUGCCUCACAUAGAGGCCCGAAGCCUGAGCAGCUACCUGAAUGGUGCCCUGCAGGGUGGUGCCUGGCUGCUGUUAGAGGCAGCUCAGCGCUUGCCCCUGGGCUUGCUCUCUGCCCUGGGCCAGCGCUUGGCUGAACUGCACCACCUCUAUGCCCCACUGUACCAGGAGGCUUCCCGAAGUACCAGCACUGUUGACCCCACCCACCCCCAGCUCCUCGGCAGUGGCUGCUUUGAGAAACAUCACGUGGACAUGCGCCUUGGCUACGGCUGUCUCCUGACGCUGCGGGCCCUGAGCCCUGCCGUGCCUGCCAACCUGCGUCUCCUACUGCGGCCUGUGGCACUGGUGCUGCCUGACCUGCAGCAAGUGGCAGAGCUGACCCUGCUGGGUGCAGGGAUACGGGAUGCCACGUGCAUGGCGACCCGCCUGUCCAGAUUCUUCUCCCUAGAGCAUGAGCUGGUGUCUAGGCCCCUGCCCUGCCGCUUGCCCCUGCUCAAGCAGGUACUGGAAGACACGAUACAGGCCCUAAACACAACCACAGAGGGUCCCAAGUCCAAGCAGCCCUGCAACCUGGCUGCCAUUGAGGAGGCCACCCUGCUGCGGGCCCUGCUGCGCUCCCCACUGUUCAGCAUCCUGGAUGAGGUCCACCUGUGCAGCCUCCGGGAGCUUCUCUGUGGGCUCUUCCCUGCUGCCCACCAGGUACUGGCAGAGCCCAUGACUCACAGGCUGAGGAAAUCACUGCUGGAGGAGGAGUUGCAGCAAGGACGCCUGCAUCCCAGCCCUGAUAUUUUGGGGUCGCUGGAGCAGCUGAGCCAGGCCCUGGGCCAGGCCUCCGGUGUUUUGCUUCUGGGCCCUGCAGGUAGUGGCAAGACCAGCUGUUGGAACAGCUUAUUUAAGAUCCAGAAUCGGUUGGCAGCCAUGGAGAUUACCUCAACCCAGAGCUGCCAGCCCGUGGAGAUUACUCACCUGUAUCCCAGUGCCCUCAGCCCCCAGGAGUUCCUGGGAUGGCUUGAGGGCCCCUGCUGGCACCAUGGUGUCUUCCCCCAGCUGCUUCGUGAAGCCAUUCGGUGCAAGACUGUGGGCCCAAGGGGGCAGGUUCAGGAAGCAGUGGGGAUUCAUCACUGGAUAAUAUGUGAUGGGGCUCCCAGUGCCGCUUGGCUGGACUCUGUCACUUGCCUCCUGGGUGACCCUCCUCAGCUUAGCCUCCCCAAUGGUCAGCAGAUAGCACGACCCCCAGGUACUUUUCUCUUGAUGGAGAUGGGAGAUGCAACAGGCAUGUCCCCCACGUUGGUAGGCCGCUGUGCCCUAGUCUGGUGUGGCGGGGAGCACACCUGGCAGGGUGUGCUGAGCGUCCUGAUGGCAGCCCUACCCCGGGAGUACCGCCUGCAGCUCAAGACUAUCACUGAGCUCAACUACCUGGCUGACGUGCUGGUGCCUGCAACAAUCCAAUUCCUCACCAGCCAGGGUGCCAGCUCUCUGCUGCAGGUUCACGGGCAGCAGGCUGUUUGCCCAGGUGUGGCUGAAGUCACCACCCUAGCCCGCAUCCUGCGUUGUCUGCUUGACCUGCACCUGCGCAUAGAUGACGAGGAGAAGGCACAUAUCCCAGAAGACCUCAAAUAUAGUGAUACUGUGGCCCAAAGCUUCAAGUCCUCGAAAAGCAGCUCUCUGAACCGGUACCAGAUUGAUGGUGAUGGUGUACCUGAUAAGCGCAGGGAGCACUUGCUGGCUGUCAGCAGCUUUCUUUUUGCUUUGAUCUGGGGCUUUGGAGCCCACCUUCCCUCCAGGCUCUGGCCCUUCUUUGAUACCUUCCUGAGGGAUUCUAUUAGUUGCCUCUCCGACUACCCUGAGCCACCACCCUCAGCCUUGGUGUUUGAUCUACGUGUAUGCCCUGAAGAUGGGACACUGGCCCCCUUCACUGGCCAAUACCUGGGCAACCACCUCAAGGGACCUCAGGGCACUUUCAACCCUUCUCCCCAGACCGAACGGCUCCUAUACGUGGUGGACCUUCUUCUGUCAGAGGGACACCCCGUGCUGCUGGCUGGAGAGGCAGCAACAGGGAAGUCAGCCUUUGUGGAGGUGCUCGUGGAGCCACUGCACCCUUACAUGUGCAGCCCCAUCCACCCAGCUGUCCGUACCACCCACCUUCGCCUUCUGCUGAACCAAGGGUUCCAAAGCCAACCACAAGCCAGCCAGUGGUCUACACGGCACGUGGAUUCCAAAGGCUUCCUCCUCUUCCUGCUGGAGGAUCUGCACCUGGCUGCUUCUGACCCAGAGAAGAGCUGUCAGCCAGUGCUGGAGACGCUGCGCCAGGCCAUGGACGGCACCGUGUAUGCCCACGGCUCCUUGGAACUACAGACGCUGCAGCCGAAAAUCAACUUCCUUGCCACCGCCACGGUGCCGGGCUUCUGCGAGCGCCCGCUGUGCCCACGCCUCUGUCGACUCUUCACGGUGCUGGCCUUAGGCAGCAUGACCCAGGCCGCGCUGCUGAGCAGGCACACACCCAGCAUCCAGGCCUGGCUCGAGCGCUUCCCCUCUGUGGAGCGGGAGAGCCUUCUAGCAAGAGCCCUGGUCCGGGCCUCGGUGGAGGCCUGCGAGGUGGUGGGCCACUGCUUUCUACCUUCACCCCUCCGCCCCCACUACCGCUUCUCCCUGCACUUGGUGAGCCAGCUGCUGGGAAGCCUGCAGCUGCUGCCCCCCAGGGUGGGCUCGUGGGGUUUUGUGGACUGUCCCGACCACCAGGAGCACUUGCGCCGGGUGUCCGGCUUACGCGGCACCCACCUGGCCAUCAUGAUAGCCAUGCGCAACAUGGUGCGUCUUUGGUUGCAUGAGGCACAGAGAACCUUUUGUGACCGGCUGGACAGCCCCAGGGAGCGCUCCUUCUGUGCCAACCUGCUCCUUGAGGUAGCUCAGAAUGUCUUCUGCUGUAGGCCGGCGCCCCAGAGCCUGGGCAAGGGCUAUGAGGAGGAGAUGGAGGAGAAGGUGUCUGAGGUGGAAUCUGAAGGGGAGCUGGCCCAGUGGGAGGACGUGAGCAGCAGCGGCAGUGAGACAGAGGAGGAGGGGGACCCGCAUGGCCUUCAGGUCACCACAGGCUCACCAGCCAACAAUUCAGCACCAUCCAUAGCCCCAGUAAAGAGGGAGACCACAGGGAGCCUAAGUCAGAAGAUAGGCCAGGAGGAAGGCAAAGGGACCUCCAGCUACAAAAGCCAGCUAAAUCGAUCCAAGAACCGGUGGCAGAAGACAGCCCAGGUAGACCUGAUCUCUCCCCUGCUGCUACCGGUCCUUUUACUCCGUCCCCAGGAAAAGCCCUCAGACCUGGUCUUCAGUCAGGAACUGAUGCUAGGGUCCAACUCCGAGAGCCCCAACUUGUACCUGGAACGGCAGUGGGAGAGCCUAGAGGAGCAGCUGGCCACCUCAGCUGCUCAGCUGAAGCUGAGCCCCCACCUUGCCCGGUGCCACUCGAUGGCCCAGCAUGUGGCCCGCCUGGUCCGGGUGCUGGCCAGGCCCUGGCAGCAUGGCUUCCUGCUGUCGGGGGCUCGGGGCACUGGGCGCCGUACCGCUAUCACACUGGCUGCUAACAUUUGUCAGGCCCGCCUCCUCCAUCUGCCAUGUGGAUCAGAGGAGGCCAUUCUCCAGUGUCUGCGGGAGGCCAGCUGGCAUGCUGGCAUGUUAGGCAAGCCAGUGGCCCUGCUGGUGCCCAGGGGUGUGGAUCUCACUACCCUUCAUCGUCUACUGGCCCUGGCAACCUCAGGAAGUUUCCCUGACCAGUACACAGAGGCAGAUCUGGACAACAUUGAAGAGCAUCUCCUCAGGGAUAACCUUAGUGUCAAGCAGAACAUCAAGAAGGAAAUGCUGUUGCAGAGGUUCUACCAGCAAGUGUGCAGCCACCUGCACAUGUUCAUCCUGAUCGGAGAUGACCAGGCCCACAAACAGCUGCCCUCCACCCUUUUCCUGAGGCUCCUUCAGCUGGCCAUCGCCAGCAUUGACCACUAUGAGCCCUGGGACCACGAUUCCCUGGUCAGUGUGGUCCAGCACCACCUGGAGGGUACUCAGAGCCCACCCCUUGAUGACGACUCCUUGAAGUACCCAGACCUCCAGGCCUCAGUCCCCAGUGUGGCCAAAGCCAUGGCUCUCAUCCACCUUUCGGCUGCCAGCUACCAAGGGCACCUGUGCCCAGAAUUGCCACUAGUCACCCCCAAGACUUUCCUGGACUUCUUGGACACUUUUGUGCUGCUGCAGCAACAGUUGACCCUGCAGAUAAAGAACAAGGCCCAGCGGAUCCAGAAUGCCCUGGGAAAUCUGAGGAUGCUGAUUGAGCAGCACAAUGCCCACAGCAACCUGGUCUUUGCCUUGGAGCAGCAGCUAAAAGGCUCUCGCGAGAGCCUCAGCAGACUGCAGCAUCAGUGGGACCAAAGGAAGCUCCUGUAUGGGCGGCAGCUGGCAGAGUGUCAGCAGCAGGAGAAUCUCAUUGAGAAACUGACCAAGCAGCGGGAUGCCCUGCGGGCUCAGCACGAGGCUUUCCUGGAGCAGAUGGGCAAGGCAUUUCUGGGGCCCCUGAGCCAGCUGCAGGUGGCCGACUUUGAGGAGAUAAGGAGCUAUCGAGCACCACCAGAAUCUGUGGUCCAGGUGACUGAUGCUCUGUGUGACCUCUUCCACCGCGAAACAGGCUGGGCCAGCGCCAAGCAGCUGUUAUGCACUGAGGACUUUUAUCAGGAGCUGGUGGUGUUCCCCAAGGAGAAGAUGACAGAUUCAGAGAUGAUAAAGUUAAGCCUAGCUCUGAAGGCUCCGGGCAUGAGUGAUGCAGCCCUGCGGGCAGUGAGCAUACCGGCAGCAAGCCUGGCAGCCUGGCUCUGGGCCGUUCUGUGCUACGGGCUGGCCCAGCGCCGAGGGCUGCCCACGGGCCUGCUGCUGCGGCAGGUGGAGGCCACCCUGGCUCGGGAGCAGGCUCGCCUGGCCCACUAUCAUUUCCAGGCCCAGGAGAUCCUAAAGUAUGAUUUGUCCCUGUCCAAGAAGCUAGAAGAUGCCCAGGCUGCCCACAGGCAUGUGGUAGAGAACCUCCAUCAGGCUAAGUGUGGCCAGUAUCACAAGUGGCCCAUAAAGGCUGCACUGCUCACACCCAUGGACUCCUGGACUACGGAGCUCCAGAAGUUGAAGGGGCACUGCACGACUGUGCUCGGAGAUGCCCUCUUGUGCUCGGCUGCCGUUGUCUACCUGGGUCCCUUCCCACCAGCGCGGCGCCAGGAGCUGCUAGACAAGUGGCUGGCUCUCUCUAGGGGCUGCCAGGAGACCCUGGGCCCAGAUGACGUGGCGCAGGCUCUGAAGCAGACACAGAAAUCUGUCGUCAUGCCACCAAAGAACCCCCUGCUUUCCACCCGCUCCCCCUUCAGCCUUCUGUCCUUGCUGAGCUCUAAAUCCCAGCAGUUCCAGUGGGACCGAGACCUGAAGCCCCAGGCAAAGUCAGCCCGCCUGGCAGGCCUGCUUCUGCGAAGUCACACACACUACUUCAGCUGCCGUUGGCCUCUGCUGCUGGACCCCAGCAACCAGGCCCUCAUUUGGCUGAACCCACUGCCUCUGGAAGAGACUAGAUGCUCGGCCCCAGGUCCCACCGAGGGCAGAGGGAAGGGCUUCAAGAGAAAUCAAGGAAAAGAGCCUAAGGAGGAGGACACGGAAGAGGAAGAUGUUGAUAGCGAUGAAGAGUGUGAAAAGACAAAAGAGCAGGAGGCAGAGGAAAGGGGAAAUGAGGAGGAGCAAGAGGAGAAAGAACAGGAGGAGGAUGAGGAGGAGGAGGAGACAGAGAGGCAGGAACCUGUGACUCAGGCCCCGCCCCCUCCCCACCUCCACAUCUUCUCCGGCUCUGACCCAGAGCUGGGGCCUCAGCUCCGGGAGGCAGCUGCCAGUGGCCAGCCUGUGCUGCUGACCAACAUGGAACUGGGCCUCGAGUGCCCAGAACUGCAAUGGCUACUGCAGCGGGAACAGCUGAGCCCGCCCCAGGUGCAGCCUGGCUUCUGUCUCUACCUGAGCACUGCCCUCCGCCUCAGUGCUCUGGAGAAAGUGCUAGGCUGUGAACUGCUGAAGGGGCUGAAUGUGCUGGAUCUGGGCAUGAACAUGGAAAUCCUGGAAGAAGAAAUGCUGCAUGAAAUCUUGUGUGUAGAGUGUCCCGAGCUCGAGAGCCACUGGCAGGACCUAAAGAUCAGAUUCCUGGACACCUGGGAAGCCGUGGAGGCUGCUGAGGAGCGGCUGCUGACGAUGCUCCUGCUCCAGAACUCGAAGCAUCAGAAGCCAGCCAAGUUCCUGCGGGGCAUAGUGAGGGCCCAGGCAGGCCUGUGUCAGCUGCGUGUCCACUGCGAGGAACUAGAGGAACUGAGGCUGCAGGAGGCGGCAUCGUGCGCACCCUAUCGACGCGUGGUCUGGCACGGAAUGGCCAUUGUAAAGGCUCUUAGCCCACUACAGAACCUGCUGCCGCUUUUCUGUGUGAGUCCAGAGAACUGUUUGGCAGCCACCAGACGGGCUCUGAAUAGCAUGAAGCGUGAGAUUCAUCACAGGGAGGAACUACCCUGCCACCUGCUGCAGCUGAAAAGACAGCUGACCCGCCAGCUUCUGGGCAGUGCUGUUGCUACACUGGGCCUGACCCAAGUACCCCUGGUGGGUGCCUUGGGUGCCUUGGCUGUGCUGCGAAUGGCAAGGAAGGCACCAGAGCUGGAGAGGCUGGCGCUUUGGCCUGGACUGGCAGCCUCUCCCAGCACAGACCACAGAAAGUUAGUCUCAGGCGUGGCUCGACCGGCCUGGCUAGGGCCGAGAGCCUGGCAUGAAUGUGGGGUGUUAGAGCUGCUGCCCCCAUUUGCUGGGCUGUGUGCGUCCCUGGCAGGCCACUCUAGUGUUUGGCAGGCUUAUCUGUCACUGCCAUCCACAGUGCUAGGGCCUGCGCCGGGACCUGGGACUGACCCACUCAGCCUCCUCCAGAAGCUGAUCCUGUGGCGUGUGCUGCGACCUGAGUGCCUGGCCAGUGCCCUGGCAGCCUUCACCACCAGCAUCCUGGGCCGGCCCCUGGAUGAAAACCUGGGUACCUCCACCAUACCCUUUGAACAGAGUCAGGCUACUCAGCCCGUGCUGAUCUUGCUGCCACCACCUGGUCACCCCACUGCCUCCUUGCAUCCCCUGACUGUCAUCCAGAAACUGGCUGCCAAACAUGAGCAGGGGCAGAAGCAUCUGGAGGUGAUAGCUCUGGGCUCUGAAGCCUGGGACCCGGUCUCAGCUGUGGUGGGCACUCUCCGCCAGGCUAUGCAUAAAGGGCACUGGCUGGUGCUGGAGAACUGUCAUCUGAUGCCUCACUGGCCGAAAGAGCUGCUACAGCCCUUGCUGGGGCUGUUGGAUGGAGCCAAGGUGGUCUCGGACCUGGAGUUAGAACUGCCUUUAGCUCAACAAGUGAGCAGGAACGUGGCCACUGUCCACCGAGAUUUCCGUCUUUGGCUUAUUGUGUCUGCAGAGGCUGUUGCUUCCUUACCAGCCAUACUGACUCAGCACUCCAUGCCUGUUUUCUGGGACCAGUCCCUGGAGUUGGGCCACGUCUUGGUGGACAGCGUGGAGCUAGCCCAGCAAGGACUCAGUGUGCAACCCCCAGCCAGGGUGCUGCCUCUGCUCCUCCUACAUGGCCUCCUGCUACACCGGCAGCUCUAUGGAAUGAAGCUGCAGGCCCACAGGGGGCGCUGGAGUCAAGUGACCCUGACUCAGGCCCUUCAGAUCCAAGACCAGCUGUGGGCCAGCCUUAGCAAUCCCAGGGCCGCCAUGCAGGAGCUGGCCGCCUCGGUCUUCUAUGGGGGUCCAGUGGGAGACAACAAGGACAGGGAGGCCCUGACUAGCCUGACGCAAGCCUGCCUGGGCCCCAGCAGUGGGAACUGGGCCCAACCACACACACCCCAGCAGCUGCUGGCCACUCUGAUGCCCAGUCCAGAACUAGGGGAGUUGGAUGCAAUGGAAGAAUGCAAGGCUCAGAUGCACCUACUACCCACACUGCCUGAACCCCGGAUCUGCGGACUGAGUGCUGGCUCCCAGACCUGGCUGUGGCGACGCCAGAGUCGCGCUCUCCUGAGCGCGCUGCAGCGGAGUUCACCCACAUGGGUUCCAGCGGCCUGCGGAGGCUCCCGGCGCGCUGAAAGGCGGCUGCGGCAACGCCUAGUGCAAGCCAAGCGGAGGCUGGAGUCACUGCAGGCUCUGCUGACCGAGACCAUUUGCCAAGAUGAGUCUGGCGCCGGGUGGGUGGAGCUGGGGCUGAGUGCGCGACGGCCUCUGGAGGGCUUCCUCAAGGCGGAGGUGCUGGAAGUGAGCCAGCUGGUGGGCGCGCUGCAACGGGACCUCGAUUGCCUGUUGCAGCAGCUGAAGGGCGCGCCCCCGUGCGCCUCCCGGCGCUGCGCGGAGGUGGCUCACGCUCUCUGGGCUGGCCGCCUACCCCGGCCUUGGCGACCCCAUGCGCCUGCCGGGCCGCAGCCGCCCUGGCAAUGGUUGCGACAGUUGUCGCGUCGUGGGCAGCUGUUGGUUCGCUACCUGGGUGUGGGAACCCAAGUACCAGAGCGCAUCUUUCACCUAUCAGCCUUUUGCCACCCGCGCCGCCUGCUGCUGUCACUGCGUUGGGAGGCUGCCUUUGCUGUGGUCGCCCUGACGAAUUUCCCUGGUUGUCAAGGCUCUAGCUCCAGUCAGCUCCCCGACAGACGUCAGGAGCUGAGCAGCCCUCUGCACCUCCAGGUGGUGAACGUCCCCAAUCCCACAGUACCAGAGACGGGGCUGCUGCUGAUUGGGCUACAGCUCCGGAAUGCCGAGUGGGACCCACUUGCAGGGGCCUUGCAGGACAGUUCCUCCCGUCAGCCCAGCCCUCUGCCUCCCGUCAGCGUCAGCAUCAGUGCCCAGGCCUUGGGGGCCAACGACCUGCCCCCAGCAGGCCUGGCUGUGUAUUCCUGUCCUGUGUACAUGGAAGGGCCCCUUGGCACCACCAGGCUGCACAGCAGGAAGAUCCUGAUGCACCUGCCCCUGCCCACGAAGCUCAGCCCUGCCACCUGCGUCCAACGGAGGGUCCACGUGUGCAGCCCACCCCUGACCUGAAUCCUCAGCCAAAAUAAAGGUGGAGUGAUUUGAUGACAGAUUUCUGAGACUUAGAAGGAAUGUAGGGUGUGUGCACACCAAGAAUGUGACACAGAGGGGAGAGCACAGUGUGCACAACAGAGAGAGGUAUGUUCACACUGAAUGGAGGAGGGUGUGUGCCUGGCAGCUAGGGAGAGGAGAGUGUGGGUACACUGGGGACAUGGCCAGGUAUCAGUCAUGUAUCCAAGGGGCUAGGCAGAUCUGGUGAUGGCUAACACACACGGUCCUGAGUCCUUGCCCAGCUCUUGACUGUGCUCUCAGCACUUGUGCUAAACCCACAAGAGACAUUUUUAAAGGGAGAACAUUAGAACUCCCAGAUAAUUUCUUCUGGCACUUAGUGGUAUUGUUGGGAAUGCCCCAGUCCUGCCCUACCAGCCAUCGCCUUCCCUGGGAUGGAAUCUCUGAGUGAGUCACACACACACACACACACACACACACACACACACACAAAACAAAACAAAAACAAAGUAAGACACAAGGUCCUGUGUUCAUUCAGUGAUGAUUUAUGAGCACUCCUCUGGACCAGGUGCUCGUCCAGGCACUGAUGAGGUGGUUCUAAUGCCAAGAGAUGAACAAUAAAUAAAAUGCCAACAUAUAAAUGA